AUGAGGUUUAGCUUCCUCAUCGACCGGAGGAGAGUCCUUCCGGUCGAUGAAGCCCUUGCUUUGAACCCCCCAACCUCAUCGACUGGAAGAGAUUCCGUCCUGUCGAUGAGUCCCAAUCAUACGACCAUUGCUGGACGUGCUGCCCACACCAGCUGGGUGUUUUACUCAAGACCUUGGAAUCGCAGCGAGGAGAAAUUUGUAGAAGAUAGCAUUGCGAAGAUCACCCAGGAUAGCAAGGGCGCUCCAGGAACAAUGCCAUUUGCCCAUCUGGUUCCAAAAGGAGAUCCUAGUGCCUCAUUUGCGGCAGACCCCCCUGAAGAUCUUAAACGCGAAGUGUCCGGCCUGGAGGAUGUUAAAUGCAAAGCGUCCGGCGAAUUCAAGAUCCGAUUGAAAGUUUUGAAGCCUAGCGACCCAAGACAGCCGACUGAACAAGCUAUAAUACUCACACCAAGCUGA